AAGAAAUUUAUUUACCUCUUUUUUCGGCCAUGAUGAGGAAAAUGAGUCGUUCGUUGCCGAAGUAAUUAUUUUUUAAAAAAAACUUUUAUUUUUUUCCCCGUUUCUUUUCUCUUCGUUUCAGUGUAAAUAUUGAACGUAAAUUAUCGGCCGUGAAUUAAUAUAUUUUUAAUAUGUAUUCUUCAAGUAGUGAAAGAUCAUCUGGUGAUGGAAUGGAAGAUCUAAAUUUAUCAUUAAAUGAAUUAAAAUCAAAAAGUCAGCAGAGUUCCUUAAUGAAAAAUGAACAUUCUAUUAAAAAUACUGUCCCCUAUGUGGACAUACCAAUUCCAAUAAAACAAAAGGAACCAAAAUUUAUACCUUAUGAACCUUAUAAAGCUGCUGUCACACCUAUUAUACCAGAACAAAAAAAUAUAAGAGGUGAAAAACAUACAAAUAAAAAAAACCAUGGUGAAGCAAAACUUACUUUAACAGAAACUCAUAUCCCCUUUCCUCUUACUUAUCCAAAUAUACCUAUACAUGAAAAGUUACAGAAUAAUGGAGAAACAGUUCCUCUCCUGAAAGUUUUGAAAGAAGUUAAAAUUUGUAAAGAUGAUGUAGAAGAUAGAGAGGAAUUAUUAUGGAAAACUGAAAAAAAUGCAAUGAAAGAAGAAAUUAAUAAAUUGAAAGAAGAAAAAUGUCAAUUACAAGAUCAAUUCAAAAUUCAGUUGCAGGUCAAUGCAGAAUUGAAAAAAUUGCUUGUAGCAUCUUUAGGAGAAGAUAUGCAAACUCGUGUACAGUUUUUAAGUGAAGACAAGGCAAAACUUGCUCAAGAUAUAGCACAUUAUUCACAACUUUUAUUGGAAGAUCAUGAAGAAUUAGAACGUCUAUCAAUUCAAUGUGAUAUUUGGAGGAGUAAAUUCUUGGCAAUCAGUUUAAUGGUUGAUGAACUCGCAAGCUGGAAAGCUACAUUAUCACAUAAAUAUGAAGAAUCUCUAAAUGCAAUUCAAUGGAUGUUAACUGAACAAGAAGAAUUGCAUCAUCAAGUAUCAACUGUGUAUAAUCAACUCCAACAACUUCAGCAAACAUUUGAUCCAUCAACACAGAAAAAAUCACAAAAGAUCAUGAAUAUUCUACAGAUUGCCCAGGCAGCACGGCAACUUUCUGAAUUAUUAUAUGUUCGAUUGCUUGGUAGUUCAAAGGCUAAAUCAAGCAUGGUAGGAGAAACUGGAAAGAAGAAUUUAUCUCCUGCAGAAGCUUUUGCACAAAAAGUUUUAACCGGCAAAGAUCUUAACAGAAUUCAUGGAGGAUCAGAAAACGAACUAUCGAAGGAUGGACAGACUCCAUUAUAUUUUUCGAACAAACUCUACCACCAUUAUCCCUGCGGCCAGAAUAAAUUUUCAAAUUCUGCCUGGUGCCGUCACUGUUCUGGAGAAAUUAAAAUUUUGUAAGAUUUAAUAAAUCGAUUAUUUUAAUCUGCCAACACGUUGUGUAAAUACUAUAUAGAUAAAUUAUGUUUCUAUGAAAUGGUGUAAAUUCGACUUAUGUUAUUUGAAUUAAUACAAUACUAAAAUUUAAAUUCAAGUAAUUCCUCAA